UUCACCUCGACUCCGCUUUCACCUGACCGAUUCCGGCAAUCUUGCGCGAUCUCGUCGCCGACGUCGUCGACGACGUCGCGACAAUUUUCUCAUCGUCCGAAGUACCAAGUGACACCCACCGCUUCACAUUGUUCGCGAUCGACGUAAACGGAUAUAGCAUAAGUGAGAGAAGAGAGAGAAGGAGAGAGGGAGAGAGCGUGCGAAACUACGGUGGAACGGACCAGCCUGGCAGCCUCGUCGAUCGACUCGAGCAUCCUGGAGAAGUGGAUCCAGGAAGCGGAUGCGACCCUUCGGUUUCACGCGACGACUAUGACCGCCUGCGUCGCGAGGAUAUCGAGGAUAAGGAUUCAAUAGAAAACGAAUCGUCCGAUCAGCAAAAUGGCGAAGAAUCAACAUCAGAAUGGCGUAAUACCGGGAGGUAUUACCGGCCCGGAUGAUUUUUCAGAUGGUGAAAGCACUCCUCUGACUCAGGACUAUGCCGGCAGUCAACGUACGAUCGUUGAGACAAAAGGAUGGGACGUGUUCCGGAACCCGCCAAUGAAGUCCGACUCGAACUCGGGUUCCAUGGCAAACCAGAAAUGCCUGGAGAGGAUGGUGCAGGUGAUCAAGGUCUUCGUUUACCUGCUUGUUUUCGUCAUAGUGUUGGGAAGCGGCGUGGUCGCCAAGGGCACGAUUCUCUUCAUGACGUCGCAGCUCCGACAGGACAGAAAAAUACUCUACUGCAACAGACAAUUGGACCGAGAGAACCAAUACCUGGUGACGUUGCCCGAGGAGGAAAGAAUCGCGUGGAUAUGGUGCAUAAUAAUCGCGUUUGCGGUGCCGGAGUUCGGCACCCUGGUGCGUAGCAUUCGCAUGUGCAUCUUCAAGUCAUGGAAGAAGCCGCAAUUGGCGCACUUUCUCGUAGUUUCCAUCAUGGAGACGUUUCACGUGGUGGGCUUGGCCUUGAUGUUCCUGGCGGUGCUUCCGGAACUGGACGUCGUCAAGGGGGCAAUGUUGACUAACUGCGUGUGUUUCGUUCCUGGAUUGCUGGGCCUACUUUCCCGCAACAAAAGUAAAGGCGAGUCCAAACGAUACGUCCUCGUUCUCGUCGACAUCGCCGCUCUAGCCGCCCAGGCGACUAGCUUCGUCCUUUGGCCCUUCUUAGACAGCUCGAGGCGAUCCUUAUGGCUGAUUCCUGUUGCACUACUUCUCGUCUCCUGCGGCUGGUGGGAAAAUUAUGUCUCCACGCAGAGCCGGAUUAGUUUAAUCAGAUCUCUCGGCAGAGUGAAAAAGGAGAUGCGACUGACGCGUUAUUUCACCUAUAUGCUGGUGUCUGUCUGGAAGAUUGUGGCGUUCUUCAUCAGCUCGAUAUUGAUACUAUAUAUCAAAGGGGAAAAUGUCGGGCAUCUCUUUACCAUGUUUAGCAGCGCCUUCGGUGACCACAAAAUUACAGUCACGUCUAUCAAGUCGAUAACUAGCGGGAGUUUGCCCGAUCUCUCGGAGAUUCUGACGGGCGACAUCACCGAGGUCGUCAACGCCGACUUCAACACGCCCAUCUACGUUCUCCUGCUGCAGAUCGCCGGUGCUUACUUCGCCUACGUGUUUGGCAAAUUCGCAUGCAAGAUCCUGAUUCAAGGCUUUAGCUACGCGUUCCCGGUGAAUCUCACGAUACCGGUGUCGAUCUCGUUGCUGAUCGCCGCGUGCGGUCUCCGCAACAGUGAUCCGUGCUUCUUUCACGGUACCAUACCGGAUUACUUGUUUUACGAGUCGCCGCUGCCUAAUUUCCUCAACGAAUUCGUGUCGAAGCAGUAUGCCUGGGUAUGGUUGCUGUGGCUGUUGUCGCAGACCUGGAUCACCCUACACAUUUGGACGCCGAAAUGCGAGCGUCUUGCGGCCACGGAGAAGCUCUUCGUCGUGCCGAUGUACAACUCUCUGCUAAUCGACCAGUCGAUGGGCCUUAACCGGAGAAGGGACGAUCAGCCGGAAGUCAAAGUCGAAGAUCUGGCGGAAAUAGAAAAGGAGAAGGGUGAUGGCGACUAUGAGACAAUCUACGAACAGACGGACGGAUCGACCACACCUCCGUCCGCGGUGAAGAGCAGCGAUCAUGUAACCAGGAUUUACGCUUGCGCUACCAUGUGGCAUGAGAACAAGGAAGAAAUGAUGGAAUUCCUGAAGAGUAUUCUGCGCCUGGACGAGGACCAGAGCGCGCGGCGUGUCGCUCAGAAAUAUCUCAAAGUCGUCGAUCCCGACUAUUACGAAUUCGAAACUCACAUAUUCUUCGACGACGCGUUUGAAUUGGCUGAUCACGACGAAAACGAGUCGCAGGUGAACAGAUUCGUGAAAUUGCUGGUCGGCACGCUGGACGAGGCCGCAUCGGAUGUGCACAAAACGAGGAUGCACGUAAGAGCGCCUAAGAAGUAUCCGACUCCGUAUGGUGGACGAUUGGUUUGGACUCUUCCCGGAAAGACGAAGAUGAUCGCCCAUCUAAAAGACAAGAGCAAGAUCCGACACAGGAAGCGAUGGAGUCAGGUAAUGUACAUGUAUUAUCUGCUGGGACAUCGGCUAAUGGAAUUACCGAUCAGCGUCGAUCGCAAGGAGGUCAUCGCCGAGAAUACGUUUUUGUUAACGCUCGACGGCGAUAUUGACUUUCAACCAGCGGCAGUGAAGCUUCUCGUGGAUCUGAUGAAGAAGAAUAAGAACCUAGGCGCCGCCUGCGGUCGUAUUCAUCCAGUUGGUUCUGGACCCAUGGUGUGGUAUCAGAUGUUCGAAUACGCGAUCGGUCACUGGCUGCAGAAGGCCACCGAGCACAUGAUCGGCUGCGUACUCUGCAGUCCCGGAUGUUUCUCGCUGUUUCGCGGCAAAGCACUGAUGGAUGACAACGUGAUGAAGAAGUACACGACCAAGUCCGACGAGGCAAGGCACUACGUGCAGUACGAUCAGGGAGAGGACCGUUGGCUGUGCACAUUGCUAUUGCAACGAGGAUACAGGGUAGAAUAUUCCGCAGCGAGCGACGCUUAUACCCACGCACCGGAAGGAUUUAACGAGUUCUAUAACCAACGGCGCCGUUGGGUACCCUCUACCAUUGCCAAUAUUAUGGAUCUGCUAAUGGACGCGAAACGCACGAUUAAAAUCAACGACAAUAUCUCGCUGCCUUACAUCUCGUAUCAAAUCCUACUGAUGGGUGGUACGAUUCUGGGACCCGGCACGAUCUUUCUCAUGUUGGUGGGUGCCUUUGUGGCGGCUUUCAAAAUUGACAACUGGACUAGCUUCUACUACAACAUCAUUCCCAUUUUGCUCUUCAUGAUCGUCUGUUUCACGUGCAAAUCAAACAUACAGCUUUUAUGCGCUCAGAUCCUGUCGACGGCAUAUGCGAUGAUCAUGAUGGCGGUGAUCGUAGGUACUGCCCUACAGCUCGGCGAGGACGGCAUAGGCUCGCCCUCGGCGAUCUUCCUAAUAUCAUUGUCGAGUUCAUUCUUCAUAGCAGCCUGUCUACAUCCUCAAGAAUUCUGGUGUAUCGUGCCUGGCAUCAUAUACUUGUUGUCCAUUCCGUCCAUGUACUUGCUCCUCAUAUUGUACUCCAUCAUCAAUCUUAAUGUUGUGUCCUGGGGCACCAGGGAGGUCCAAACGAAAAAAACUAAGAAGGAACUCGAGCAAGAGAAGCGGGAGGCGGAGGAGGCAAAGCGCAAGGCCAAACAGAAAUCCCUGCUGGGCUUUCUGCAAAACGGUGCCGGCACCAAUGACGAUGAUCAGGGAUCUAUCGAGAUAUCGCUGGCCGGUUUGUUCAAAUGCUUGCUGUGCACCCAUGGCAAGCCGUCUUCCGAGAAGCAACAGCUCGUGGCGAUCGCCGAGUCGCUCGAGCAGCUCGGUAAAAGGCUUGAGACCAUCGAAAGAGCGGUGGAUCCUCACAGUCACGCUUCCGGACGAAGGAGAGCCUCUUCCGUGGGUUCGCGCACCGCCGAUCACCUGGGUGCCAUCGGCGAGGAUCCCGAGGACGACGAAGGCAGCGAGACGGAGACGGUGACUAGUCAGAAUACCGAAGGUCAUCGCGACGGUAGUAACUUCCUCACGCGACCGUACUGGUUGAACGAUGACGGUCUGAAGAAGGGAGAGGUGGACGUGUUAUCGAUGCAGGAGGAGCAUUUCUGGAAGGACCUGCUGGAGAAGUAUCUCUACCCGAUCGACGAGGACAAAGCGGAGAAGGCACGAGUCGCCAAAGAUUUAAAGGACCUACGCGACCAGAGCGUCUUUGCGUUUUUUAUGAUGAAUGCCCUCUUCGUCCUGAUCGUCUUUCUGCUGCAAUUGAACAAAGACUUGUUGCACAUCAAGUGGCCAUUCGGCAUCAAGACGAACGUCACGUAUGACCAUACUACCAUGGAGGUGCACAUCACGAAGGAGUACUUGCAACUCGAGCCGAUCGGUCUUGUGUUCGUCUUCUUCUUCGCGCUGAUAUUGGUCAUACAAUUCACCGCGAUGCUGUUCCACCGAUUCGGCACCCUGGCCCACAUUCUGGCCAGCACCAGUUUAGACUGUUGCAAGAAGACGAAGGAUCUCUCCGAGGAAGCCCUGCUGUCAAAACACGCGGUCGACAUAGUGAGAGAUCUUCAGAGACUAGACGGGAUAGAAGGUGACUACGAGGAAGGCAGCGGUAGCGGGCCCGGUAGACGAAAAACGAUCAGAAAUCUGGAAAAGAGUCGCAGAAAGACGCAGGCGAUCAACACGCUCGACGUCGCCUUCAGGCAACGUUUCUUCAGCAUGAACGAGAGCGCAGGCCUGUCGAGGAACAUGUCGACGCGACGCGAGGCGUUUAAGGCGUUCGAGGGUAGGCGCAACAGCAUAAUGGCGAUGCGCCGGAAGUCGCAGAUGCAGACCCUGGGCGCGAACAACAUCUACGGCGUGGCGGGCAACCCCCUUGGGAUCCAGGGCCGGCCGUCCCGCAGCAGUCAGAUUUCUGUCAAGGACGUGUUCGAGGGACACCCGGCUGCAACGUCGGCACUGUCGGCAGCGGGGCACGUGAACGCCGGCUACGAGGGCGACGACAGCCCCGGAAACAGUCUGCGGUUGCAGAAUCUCGGUGGCACGCAGGUCACGUGGCGAGAAGCAAACUCCAACGUGUGACUGUGACAUGAGGGCUGUUUCGUCGAGAUUACGUGAAUCUCGACGCGAAUCACUGACACUUCUUGGUAAAUGCGCUGAAAACACAAGUCAAGGUGGUCAAGUUCUAACUAUUCGGGAACGAGUUCUUCAAAUCAACAGCUGAUCGAGAAAAUCCGUGCGGUUUUUAAUACAAGUGCCGUUACAACUUGUUUUAAUAUCUAGGCCGCUUUGUUAAUUGUAUUUGACAAAUAUUAUUUGUCAUGAAAUAAUUUCUAUAAAUAGAAAAGAGAAAGAGCCGCACGCGAAUUUAGCCAACGAAGCACGAUCGCAUUCUCUUCCACGUUUUCUUGCACACAUUUUUCACACACUUUUUUCCUACUUUUAUUUUAACUUUCCGCUCAUCAUUAUUAUUCGCACACACAUUUUUGAUCGCUCGAGAACCAUAAAAAAAUACAUCUUAUAUCGUAACAAUUUUAACUGCGCUUUCUGCAUACUUUUCUGCAUUUUUCUUCCUUCUUCCAAAUCUCGGAAAUACAGAUUAAAAUAUAUCUCUUUUUUAUAUUUUAUAUUAUAUAGAUAUAAAUGCAGAAAAUAUAUAACGUAACGCAGUUAAAAGAAACGGACCUAAUUUUCGUAUUGUCACCGCUGGCGCUAGAUAAAUCGGCGGUGACCGCGAUGAUUACGCUUACUCGCUCCGUUCUUUUUGCGUAUGUGAUAAGGCCGAUAUUUAAAGUAGAAACUCAUGUAUGGAUGCGUAAAUGCGUAUGUAUGUAUGUAAAUUGCACGUGCAUAUUUGAGGAUUGUAUGAAAAUUGUAUAAGUCUAAUGUAAGAGUAUAUAAUAGUAAAAAAACAUUAA